AACCAGCCGAACGACGAAAACGUGCACCAACUGCGCCUGGUCUCGGUGCAGUACACGAACGCACAUAUUCGCGCGCGCACGCAGCUCACGAGGACCUCACACGCGGCACGCGCGCCAUAAUACAUUUCUCAAUACAUUUAUGGUAUACAACUGUGACUAUAGCGUUACUUCAAUAACACAUAUUAUAUUACUAAACAAUAUUAUAACCGUGACUUUUGAUACGUAAUUACACAAGACUGUGACACGAGUGUAUCUGACGGACCUUAUUUUUACUCUUCUUUUCGCCGUUGUCAUAGAAUAUUGCGAGGGUACCAUAACGGACGACCGUUAAUAUUGUUAACUACAUACACUGGGUGUCGAACGCUUCGAGUCACAAACCUGCACCGAAAUGAGUGAAAACAAUACGGAAAACAAUCAACUAUCGACGGCGCCUUCCAACGGUGUACACUUGGGGGACGAUAAAGUAAAAUCCAAAUUUAUUCACCUCAAAGAUUCAGUAGAAACAAAUGAAAAACCGAACAAAAAUGGAAACGAUAGUCUCUCAUCUAAUGAUGCUGAAAACCUAAGACCGGAAAAUGAAGAACUUCCUGAAGGUGUUCGCCAAGGAAUCUGCAAAUGGUUUAACUCAAAAAAAGGAUUUGGUUUUGUCACUCCAGAUGAUGGUGGUAGAGAUGUUUUUGUUCAUCAGAGAGUAAUAAAAAAAGACGGAUUUAGAUCUCUUAGAGAAAAUGAACGUGUAGAGUUUACAUGUCAUGAAUCUGAUAAGGGCUUAGAAGCUACUCUUGUUACUGGGCCAAGGGGUCAAUACUGUAAAGGAUCGAAAAAAGCAUAUCCUCAAAAAAAACUGAGAUGUUACAAUUGUGGAGAUUUUGCCAAUCAUAUUGCUGCCAAAUGUACAUUGAGUCCUCAACCUAAACGCUGUCAUAGUUGUAAAGAUCCAAACCACCUUAUAGCUGAUUGCACUCAGAUACAGAGCAAAGAUCCUGUAAUUAAUAAAUUCAUUAAAGCUCCGCGAAAAAAAUUAGAACGACAGAAGUCAAGGCCAAAGUCAAAACCUGAAGAUGGUAGUGGUGAUGAACAGCAGCAAUCAAUUAUUUUACCCAAUCAGAAUGGAGAUGAAAUUAAUGACAAACAAGAUUAAGAUAAUUGAAUACAAAAAGACUAAUAAAAUAUCAUUUAUAAUAAUAAUUAA